GAAGGCACAGCGGUCUCGGAAAAUGCAAAAAUCCUACGAUUCAUGUGUGGAUCACACCGAGAAAGAAGGUUCUGUGGAGGCGGCAGAAAGAGAAGAUGAGGAAGAUCCAUCUCCCACUCUGAAGCGGAAACAAAGAACAAAGAACGUGACUUACGACGUAUUUCAGCUGAAUAAUGGAAACCCAAUCAAGGAGCAAAAGACCCCCAACGCGCCACAGGACACCAACGCUACUUUCACCCGCAGCGGCCGGCGCGUGAAGCCCCUCCUGCAGUACUGGUGUGGUGAGAGGAUCGUGGUCGAUCAGGACCUGAACGUGACAAUCACCAAAGGUGGCAUCAACUACUUGACUCCUACAGUGAGCAGCGCAAGACCGCUGCGCCGGACGACCCUCCGCUCCCCAGAGGAGAAUGGACGAGGCAGCGCCAGCACUGGUAGAAAAGUUCUGUCACAUCAAGCUAAACAAGCGAAAGGAGUAGCUGGUAAAAGCGUCAGAAAAGCGGCGGGACCCGGAGGCACAGAGAAGCCGCGACAUCUCGCCUCCGACUCAGAAGGGAAUUCCCAGGACCUGUCCCCUGAAGACCUUUGCAGGAAACAGGCCGUUGUGACCUUGACCCCACUGAACCGUAAGAGGCUGAGCGAGGCGAUCAGCUGCCCCCCCCCAAAGGGUGCUGAGCCGCGGGCAAGCAGAGGGUUUGGAACAAGCUCUGGCAGAGAACCUCCGCGCGUCGAGGGCGUGCUCAGCUGGCAGAGCCAGCCCCGCCAAGAGCAGCAAGCGAUCGAAGGGAGGGAUUCCCUGUCUGCAGAGGACAGCGAAUCAAGCCAAGAUGUCCCCAGGAUCCAGAGGAAAGCACAGCCCUCUUUCAGGAGGGAGGGGCCCAGCUUGAAGCUGCUGCCUGAUAACCAGCAGCCCCAUGGGAUGAAGCAGCCGCCUUCUGCGCCCCCGGAGAGAAAAGACGGGUCUCCCGGCCCUUCCUCGCAAAGCACGCCAGCGAAGGCCACGUCGUAUCGCCAGAAUGGCCACUGGGAGAGCCGGUCUUCUCCCAGUUCGUCCGAUGGCUCUCCAGGACUCCGAAGGCGGCACAGGGAGCGUUUGCGCCGAGGGAGCCAAAAGCGCCGGAAAUACGUCUUUGAAUCUGAGAGCGAAUCCAGCCCUGGGGAUUUGGAGUGGAAAAGGGGAAAGGUGAAGGCCGCUGGCCAGAGAAGCAGCGGAGCAGGUCCCGGCAGCACAAAACCCUCAGCUGCUGCUGCUGCAGCAGGGAACGCGCCUGAGAAGAGGCGGGAGUGGAAGGCCGGGGGCGAGUGGCUUUUGGAGGGCAGCGACGUCUGGACGGAGGCGGAAUUGCAGAAGCUGCACAGGGCUGUGGCUGCUUUGCCAAAACACCUGGCCGGGUUCUGGCAGCGUGUGGCCGAGGCCGUGGGGUCAUGGUCGGCUGAAGAAUGCCAGCUAAGGUACAUGGCAGAGCAGGAGAGCAGGAAGCAGGCCCCGAAGAAGACCACCAAGAAGAAAGGAGAAAAAG